GAAAAGUACCCCGCGUUUGUUUACAGUUUAUGUCCGACAGACUGAGCAGCCAGUACUUCAUGUCAUACUUGUGCACUUGGCUGCACACCUUCUAUUGGUCAGUUUUACUUCUGGUAGCUGUUACUGGUACCAGGCUGUGGUGUCAUGUUAUUUUACCUGUUCAUUCACUGUGGCAGCUUUUAGACAAAGAGGGGAUGGAUACUGAUUACCAUUUUGAAACACUGCAUGGCAACGGCGAUCAUGACGGCGCUGAUGUCACCUCCUGGGUUUCAGUGUGUCCCAGAGGCCUCUGGAAAGUCCAGCAGAAGCAAACACACGAAGGGAGUCAGCAGACUAACUCUGGAGAUGAUGCAUCAUGUUCAUCCAGUUACUGUCCAAGGUUGGGUUCACUGUGUCAAGUCCGAGUGCGGCUCAAAGCCAACGUGGAUGAAGCAGACAGUUCAGUAUCUGAAAAGGGAAAUGAGCAGCUGUCAGUCCAACUGGAACAGUCAGCCACUGAGGUUGCAGAGGCUACAGCCUUCCCAAGGUGUCUGGACUCUGUGCUGCAGGUCCCACUGGGUGACUGGAUAACACUGAGGUUAGGUGAUGGGCAGUGCGAUAUCACAGAAAGGUGCGUGGAGAGGAUGACAGUGGGAGAAAAAUGUGAGAUACUGAUUUCUCCAACGGGACCAGAUGUGUCUGUUCCCCAUCCUGCUGAGGAAAACCUGCCUUUAUGUGCCACAGUUGAACUCAAAGCUUUCACACCAGGCAAGGAAUCCUGGGAGGUGUGUCCUCGUGACAAGUGGCAGUGGGUGAAGUCACACAAAGAGAGGGGUGGAGUGAGAUUCAGAGGCGGGGAUGUGUGGGGAGCAGCAGACAGCUACAGCCGCGCCCUCAAGCUUCUCAUCACUCUCCAUUACCACGUUAGAGAGGCGACACCAGAAGUGGAGGAGCAGACAGACACAGACACUGGUCACCUUCCUUCAACUAAUGAAUUCAGAACCAUCAAAGCAGAGCUCCACUCAAAUAUGUCCUUGUGCCAGCUCAAACUGAGCCAGCCAGAGCGAGCUAAGGCCAGUGCAACUAAAGCUACUCAGCUGGAACCAGGCGGGGCUAAAGCCUGGUACCGACUGGGCCAAGCAUGUCAGAUGUUGAAUGAGCUGGAGGAGGCCAGGCAGGCGUUUAGGAAACUGUUGGAGAUACAGCCAGAAUCACCUGCUGCUUUGAAGGCCCUUAAAGAUGUAGCAAGUAGAGAGAAGGAGAGAAAUGCACAGUUGGGACUUAGACUCAGCAAAAUGUUCAGCUGAGGAUGAAAUAUGGCAGUGUAUUAUCGAAUGUUACAUGUGAGACGGUAUGUUUCUUUCUCAACAUUCAGCACGAAAUGGAAGUGCACCUACAGCCACUGGGCUCAAGAGUACAGCUAUUAGGGUAUGGUCACACAUGAGCCAAACUAACACUGGCGAAUAUUCACCUCCUGCUCACUUACCCUGUGUGCUGCUAUCCAAUGCUGCAGGAAUCUUAAUUUCCCUGAGGGAGUCUUCUCAAGGGAUUAAUAAAGUUCUGUCUAAUCUAAUCUCUAAUCUUCCAUUCAGUUCGAGGAUAAAACAUUUGCUUCUGGUGGCAUCGCAAAUUCACAUCUUCACAUCGCGUGGAACUUUGGUGAACUUUGGCCGGCAAAGUUGGAGCCUCAACCAACAGCAAAGAAGUAUGUAUGGAAGACACUGACUGUUGCCAAGACUGCCUGAUAUGUGACAUGAAAAGUACGAACUGCCCCAUGUAAGAGGUGCUACCUGGCUGGCAUACGUUGGGAGACAGGCGUGGCAGGCAACCAGUAACAUCAUAUUUUACAAUAUUUAACAGCAAGCUAGCCUUCGGUGUUCGUCAGAUCAGGCAGCGCCCACAUUGAGCUAGAAUACAGCCUUGGUUGGCAAAUGUCACUGGCCUGCAUUUGUUCAUGUGUAACUGUACCCUUAAUCUGUGACUGCACGAUAUUAUCCCAGCUCUUAUGAGUGAGAUGCCUGAAUGUAACUUCAAAGUAAAAAUGAGAUGUGAAAAACUUA